AAAAUAAUUCUGAACAAAUUUCUAAUUACGGCAUUACACCAGAGCCAGACAAUGAAGAGGUGAGAGUUCAUGAUAAUGAGGCGAGGAUUCGUGGUGAAGGAAUUUCAAAAGCAGAUGAAGAUCGAAAUCUCGCAGAAUUAAAAGCUUUAGUGCGUGAAAGGGAAAGGCAAGAAUGUAAAGAAAGAGAAGACAAUAAACCUGGUCCUCACUCUUCUAACCUUGCAUCGGCAUUAGGCAAAUAUGCAAAUGCAGUUGCCCAAGAACGUUUAGAAAACCCUUCAGAUUUAACUAACUCUAAACACCUUCCACACGUCCAAAAUCCCGACGAAAAGGAAUUAUCUAACCGACUAAAUCAAGAGGUCAAAACACGUUCACGUGCUGAACAAUUGGAAAUGGAGAGAACUGUGAAAGGUGGUGUAGCUGCAAAUGUUAAAUCAGCUGCCGACAGAAUUGAAAAUGAUUUGAAAACUCAACAUAAAUAA